AUGGAGGCAGAGACUGAAGUGACGCAGCCCCAAGCCAAGGAAGGCCUGGAACCACCGGAAGCCAGGAGAGAGGAGGCGGAUCCUCCCCUAGAGCCUUCAGAGGGGGGCACAGCCUUGCCCACACCCUGGUUUGAGUCCCGUCGCCUCCAGCACAGUGAGAGAAUUCACUUGCUGGUUCUUCUGCAGAUCCUCUGGCCCGGCCAGGCUUGGAGCCUGGUACACCGUUAUCCGUUGUGCAGAGAAGGGCUCCGAAGAAACCUGGGACCACCCUUGGAGAGCAUCCCCUGCUUUGCCCGCCUGGCCGAACACAGCCAGACCCCAAAGUUGGCGGGUCCCGGGGUCUUCGCCCCGCCCUACCACCGGACCGCACCACGCCGCGCGGAGCUGACUGGCCGAGUUGUCCGUCGGUCCUUCUGUCCUCCUGGGUUCGCCCUACCUGGCGCGCCAUUCCGGGACUCGACCUCCGCUCUCAGCUUCCGGCGCAGCCCGCGGCGCCCGCUCCCCGCCCGCCGACCGUGCCGCCACCCUCGGCGACAGCGGCGACCGAGGUCAACGCGGAUGGAGGCGGGGCUGGGGGUCUCGGGCAGUGGGCGAGAGGCGACGCUGGGGACGCCCCGGCCGCCCGACGCCCCCCAACUCCCAGAGACGUGGUCCCACUUCCGCCCGGAGACCCCCGGCUUCUGCGGCCCGCUGGGCGCAGGCGCGAACUACCCUUCCCAGAGGGCGCCGCGGCAUCCGCAGCGCAACAGAGUCGGGGGCGGCCUCCUUGAAGUCCCCUCCCCACCUGCUCGGCUCACUACCCCGGGAGGCUGCAGGGAGGGACUCCGCGCCGGGAUCCGCCUGGUGGCCAGCCUCCGGAAGGAGCUCUACAAGCACGUGAUGCGGGGCAACUACGAGACGCUGGUGUCCCUGGACUACGCCAUCUCCAAGCCUGAGGUCCUCUCCCAGACCGAACAGGGGAAGGAGCCGUGCAGCUGGCGUCGCACCGCCCCGAAGGUUCCAGAUGUUCCUGUGGACCCGAGUCCAGGCUCGGGGCCCCCGGUUCCUGCCCCUGACCUCUUAAUGCAGAUCAAGCAGGAGGGCGAGCUCCAGCUCCAGGAGCAGCAGGCUCUGGGGGUAGAGGCCUGGGCAGCUGGACAGCCGGAUAUCGGGGAGGAGCCGUGGGGCCUCAGCCAGCUGGACUCCGGAGCAGGAGACGUCUCUACAGAUGCCGCCUCUGGCGUCCACUCCAACUUUUCCACCACGAUCCCACCCACUUCCUGGCAGGCGGACCUCCCUCCCCAUCACCCUUCUUCAGCAUGCUCGGACGGGACACUGAAGCUCAACACAGCAGCCUCCACGGAAGCAGAUGUCAAAAUUGUGAUAAAAACAGAAGUCCAGGAAGAGGAGGUGGUGGCCACGCCAGUGCAUCCUACCGACCUGGAGGCUCACGGGACCCUGUUUGGACCAGGCCAAGCCACAAGGUUUUUCCCUAGUCCCGUCCAGGAAGGAGCCUGGGAAAACCAGGGCGGCUCCUUCCCCAGCCAGGACCCUGUGCUGGGGCUGAGAGAGCCCGCCCGGCCGGAGCGGGACAUGGGCGAGCUCAGCCCCGCGGUGGCCCAGGAGGAGACCCCGCCGGGGGACUGGCUCUUUGGGGGGGUCCGGUGGGGCUGGAAUUUCCGGUGUAAGCCCCCCGUGGGCCUGAACCCGAGGACUGGACCCGAGGGGGUGCCCUACACCUCCCCCGACAGCGGGGAGGCCGUGCUGGACUCCAGCCAGGCCCCGAGACCCUUCGGCGACCCCUGUAAAUACCCCGGCCGGACCAAGGGCUUCGGCCACAAGCCGGGCCUGAAGAAGCACCCCGCCGCCCCGCCGGGAGGGCGGCCCUUCACCUGCGCCACGUGCGGGAAGAGCUUCCAGCUGCAGGUGAGCCUGAGCGCCUUUCUGCCAAAGCGCGGGUCGCCUGAACCCAUGAGGCCAAGGCGUAUGAGGCUGCUGGGUGGCCGCAGACGACAGCGCUGCGGUGCGGGGAGGUGUCGCGGCUUCACGCUGCCUGCCAGCACCAUCCGUCACCAUCGCAUGCUGCAUUAAUGGGCGAAGCGGCCGUUCCCACCGAGUGCGAAGCGCUCACCUUCCUGGCGGCUCAAGCUCAUCGACCACGAACGACACGAGCGCGGCGUCUUCACCUGCACCGCUCGGCGACCGCUCUAAGAGUUUAUCUGCGGCAAGGCAUCCCGCCAGGUUCACCUGCAUAAGCAAGCACGCUCCUGGCGGGGCCAGGGCCGACCCGCCAGCUCUCCAGCCCUCCCGGCCGGGCCCCGGACCUUCAAGAGCCCGGCCUCCAAAGGACCCUUGGCCUCCACAGACCUAGUGACCGACUGGACUUGUGGCCUGAGCGUCCUGGGACCCAGCGACGGCGCAGACCUGUGUGAUGCCCCAGGCUGGCGAGGGAGGCGGCUCCUCCCCGUCCUCAUCUCCUGUGACUGCUCUUGUGUCAUCCUGCAGAUGAACUGA